AUGGCGAACAAUGCGCUUGAAUCAGGUCUAGAUCUUGCUUACUGGAAAGCACAACUGAUGAAUCUAGUCAGCGACGCUUCAGACUCAGACAACGAUGCGAACGACUCAGAUGAGGAUUCACACUCAGAUCUAGAGCUGCGAGAGGCUCUCCGCUUGAGCCGAGAACACUACUAUAGCAAACGAUCGAAAGGAUGGACUGCGAAAGGUUCUUCCAACUUACCAAACGCACCACUGUCAUCAGCAAGACCAGCGAGGUUCCAGAGCAAUCGUUGCGUUCCCGUCAUCGCCGGCGCGGAUAGUGCCCCAAACACGAUUUCAAAUGCAUGGGAAGCUCCCUCGAGAUCUGUCGCCAGCUCAUCGCAGCCGUCCAGAGUCCACCGUGACGCAUCAACCCCGCAGGGUCGGCUACAUAUGAGCAGAAAGGAUACGCCUAUAGAACUAGCAGAUGACUGUAGUACAUCAAUCGAAUCGAGACAGUUCCAACCGGGUGGUUUCCUGGAUAAUCAGCUCCGCAGCUUGGGCCGUGGUCGGAAAGAACCCAUCAACGACACCAUCGAGGGUGAACUGUCCGAAAGCAAGGAAUUUGUUGAAGUUCUGGUCGGACCUGACCAAGAAAUCUAUACGUUUCCACUGCAGAGCUUAUGGAACCGACACUAUUUCAGAGAUCCCAAACAGGGCCUUCUUUUGAUUGAUUACAACAAAAGAGGGAUGUGGGAGCUCAAACAUCCUUCUCUGUUCGACAUCAAGCCGGACGAUUUCGUCUUCGUCGCAGAAUACCUGGAGAGUGAUGACUUCGGACAUCGGAACCCGCAAGAUGGCGAGGAAAUGACAGAGGCAUUCGCGCAAUGUGUUGCGGCAUGGGUCACCGCGGAGAAGUUGGGCAUGUCAGACAUGAUGGACCACACCGUUGAGAAGCUAGAGCGCUUGGAACCAGAAAUGCUGGAGAUCUUGGUGUUCUGUCGACAUGUUUACGCACGCGAGACAACUUCAAUCUCCCAUGAAUAUCUUAAGGGUCAUUUGGCCGUAUACAUUGCGGACAACUUCUGGGAAUAUAUCAAGGACGACCACUUGAGGUCGAGCUUCAUUGAGCUACUGCAACACUUCCCAGAGUUGCAGCAAGACGUUUACGAGCGGAGGAUUCUGGCGCUGAAAGAAUGCGUUGAUCAGAGUCAAGAAGAUAGUGAUACUGACAUGGACUGA